AUGUCUCAUGCAAAUUAUCAUCACUCUAGCCCCUAUUAUGCCCAUCUCAUACAGACAGAUAAUAGGAGUAACCCUGGUGACUGGGGCCGAUGGUUUGUAGCCGCUGCUACACGCGAGGACAUGAAGACAUUCUUCCGGGGGUUGCAAAAGUACUCAAAGACUAGCAACGCAGCAAUCACCGAGGUAGAACCAGUCCAUCUAGCCUGGUGGACCUUUAAAUCGGCAAACUCCUGGGCUCCGCUUGAACUUGUCAAGCAAAUCUACCAAUUAAACACAUCUUCAUACGGCAAUAUUAAGGAAUUAAGCGAAAGUCAUGGCAAGGUUGCUAUCACAGUCUUAUCUGAUGGUGGGGGGAGAGACUGGCCAAUACUUCCAAACCAGGACGUUUCUCUCGAGGACUUUUAA